AUGGUGGUGAUCAUGGUCGCAUAUGCCAUGGCAACUGGUGUGCCCACCGCCAGGGAGGGUAAAGUUGAGAAGCGGAAACGGAUGGAUAAGUGGGAAAGACUGGACCAGACAGGAGUUCUGGGACUCCAGUCCAUUUAUCUAAUGUCGUGUACCACGGCAGCAGCUUCCUGCUGCACAGACUGGCCAGUUCCCUCAUGCGCAUGCCCAAGGCCACUGAUCCUACAGGACUUGCUUGUGCCUACAAGAUUGCGGAAAGAUUAUGGACAACAAUCAGCUAUCCAACACGCUGUCGACGUAGGGGGUAUUGUGAGUGUCGCCCCAACCCUGCCGACUACGGUCCAACAGCAGCGUCGGAGGAUGGUUGGAGCCAGGCUCUUUCCAACCAUGCAAUCUCUCCACCGAUUGGCCAACCAUCCUCUGACGAUGAGCCUGGAAGUUUGGUCUGUCCACCGUUGGGAGAUGGCUGGACCAUCGGUGGGUCUUACACCGUUGCGCAGACGCUGGAAGAAAGAUCCGCUUGCGGUCAUACGAAAGAGCUGA